CUGACGCAUCCAUCACACUAGCCGGGGACAGCAGCGGACCGGACUGCUGUUUGCGGUCUCCUUCUGCGUCAUAAUUUAAGGUCACCUGUCUUUAGUGUAGGAUCCGUAAGUUGAAUGGAUGUUUGCAUGUUAAAGGUUUUGGGCGUCAUGCAGUAGUUUGGAGUCUGGGCUGGUGUCGGUUGGGUACAGGGUUUCUCUUUUGUCUGGUUUUUGGGAGUCGUGGGAUCAGCCUCGUUGUUCCAGUCAUUAUUUAUUUCUUCAUCUGUCGGUGGACAUGUCAGGCUCCCCGGGACAGAAAGCCGCCUCACAGGCUGGCAGCUCCGCUCAAAGCCGCUUCCAGGUGGACCUGGUCUCUGAGGCAGACAGACACACACCUGACCCACAACCUGCCGAGCCAUCGACGGGACCAGCUGGGGUGAAAGCCUCUGCUGCAUGGUCAGACGAGUCUAAAGGCCGGUUCCGGGUGGUUGGGUUUCUGGAUCCAGGCGGGCUGGGGAUCGCGGGGGACAUCGGCCUCCCGCCAGAUGUUUCCCAUAAUGGAGACACUGUGAGGAGCGACUCCGUCAGCCUCCAUUCAACAGGAACCGGUCAGACCCACGUCUCCGACUCCCACUCCAACACAUACUACAUGAGAACCUUUGGACACAACACCAUAGACGCUGUCCCGAACAUCGACUUCUACCGGCAGACAGCGACGCCUUUCGGGGAGAAACUCACCCGACCCUCACUGUCAGAGCUUCAUGAUGAACUGGACAAGGAGCCAUUUGAGGAGGGCUUGGCCAACGGGGAGGAACCCUUGGCCGCAGAGGAGGCAGCUGCCAUGGCCGCCAAGGAGGCGAAAGGAGGGAGUGUGAAGUUUGGUUGGGUGAAAGGAGUGCUGGUCCGCUGCAUGCUGAAUAUUUGGGGAGUGAUGCUGUUUAUCAGGAUGUCCUGGAUCGUAGGACAGGCUGGCAUUGGGCUGACAAUUGCGAUCAUUCUGAUGGCUACUGUGGUCACCACCAUAACAGGCCUGUCUACCUCGGCCAUAGCUACCAACGGCUUCGUACGCGGAGGAGGGGCUUACUACCUGAUCUCCAGGAGCCUGGGUCCUGAGUUUGGAGGCUCCAUAGGGCUCAUCUUUGCGUUCGCCAACGCCGUGGCUGUGGCCAUGUAUGUAGUCGGCUUUGCAGAGACGGUCGUGGAGCUGCUCAAUGACGUGGACGCCCUGAUGACGGAUGAGCUUAAUGACAUCCGGAUCGUCGGAACGCUGACUGUUAUCCUGCUGCUGGGAAUCUCGGUUGCGGGAAUGGAGUGGGAGGCCAAGGCUCAGAUCGUGCUUCUGGUAAUCCUGUUAGGAGCCAUUGCCAACUACUUUAUAGGAACAUUUCUGCCCACGGAGAGUAAGGAGCCCAAGGGAUUCUUCGGCUACAGCACGGCCAUUUUCCUAGAGAACAUAGGUCCGGACUUCAGGGGUGAUGAGACCUUCUUCUCUAUGUUCGCCAUCUUUUUCCCAGCAGCCACUGGUAUCCUGGCAGGAGCCAACAUCUCUGGAGACCUCACUGACCCCCAGUCAGCGAUCCCUAAAGGAACUCUUCUGGCCAUCCUCAUCACAGGGCUGACCUAUGUGGCUGUUGCCAUUUCUACCGGUGCCUGCAUCGUGAGGGACGCCACCGGCGACCACAACGACACCGUCAGCGACACGGUGAACUGCACCGACGCCGCCUGCACGCUCGGCUACGACUUCUCUAUCUGCAAGGAGGGAGGCUGUCAAUAUGGCCUCAUGAAUGACUUCCAGGUCAUGAGUCUGGUAUCUGGAUUCGGCCCUCUCAUCACAGCAGGGAUCUUCUCUGCAACGCUCUCCUCAGCUCUGGCGUCACUCGUUAGCGCUCCCAAAGUCUUUCAGGCUCUGUGUAAGGACAACAUCUACCCGGGUCUGGGCGUGUUCGCAAAGGGUUAUGGGAAAAACAACGAACCUCUCCGUGGCUACGUCCUGACCUUCUGCAUCGGCCUCGCCUUCAUCCUCAUUGGUGAUCUGAACAUCAUCGCUCCCAUCAUCUCCAACUUCUUCCUGGCCUCCUACGCUCUCAUCAACUUCUCCGUUUUCCACGCCUCCCUCGCCAACUCCCCAGGGUGGCGCCCAAGUUUCACAUACUUCAAUAAGUGGGUUUCCCUUGCGGGGGCAGUGCUGUGCUGCGUGGUGAUGUUUGUGAUCAACUGGUGGGCGGCGCUGGUCACCCUGCUCAUCGUCCUAGCACUCUACAUCUACGUCCGCUACAAGAAACCUGAUGUAAACUGGGGUUCAUCGACACAGGCUCUGAUCUACAACCAGGCACUGACCCACUGUCUGCACCUGACGGGAGUGGAGGACCAUGUCAAGAACUUCAGACCACAGUGUCUGGUGUUGACUGGAUAUCCAAACGCCCGUCCCGCACUCCUCCAUCUGGUUCAUUCAUUCACCAAGAAUGUCGGCCUCUUAGUCUGUGGACACAUCAAGACUGUGACUCGGAGGCCCAACUUUAAAGAGGUGUCCCAGGACCACGCCCGCUGUCAGCGCUGGCUCCAUAAGAAACAGAUCAAGGCCUUCUAUGCUCCAGUCUUUUCGGACAACCUGAGACACGGUGCCCAGGUCCUCCUGCAGGCUAUGGGUCUUGGUCGUCUGAAGCCAAACACACUGGUGAUGGGCUUUAAAAACAACUGGAGUGAUGGACAGAUGAGAGACGUAGAGACCUACAUCAACAUCAUACAUGACGCCUUUGACCUUCAGUACGGGGUGGUGAUCCUCCGACUACAGGAUGGACUGGAUAUCUCACACAUCCAGGGACAAGAUGAGCUGUUGUCAUCCAGUGAGAAGCCAGCAGGGGGCGUUAAGGAUGCUGUGGCGUCCAAUAGCCUUAUUAAAGACUCUGACUCGGACUCCUGUCCAUCCAAAACCACCAGCAACCAGAGCAGCCCCCUCAUAAUGAGAGAGACGAAGACCCCUCUGAGUCUAACUGACCAGCGGCUGCUGGAGACUAGCCAGCAGUUUAAGAAGCGGCAGGGCAAAGGAACCAUCGACGUUUGGUGGCUGUUUGAUGACGGAGGCCUGACCCUGCUAAUCCCGUACCUGUUGACCAAUAAGAAGAAAUGGGGCGACUGCAGGAUUCGCGUCUUCAUCGGAGGGAAGAUCAACCGCAUCGACCACGACCGCCGAGCGAUGGCCACUCUGCUGAGCAGGUUCAGAAUCGACUUCUCAGACAUCAACGUCCUGGGAGACAUCAACACCAAACCCAAGAAACACAAUAAACUGAGUUUUAAGGAGCUGAUUGAGCCGUACCGGCUGAAGGAGGAGGAUAUGGAGCAGGAGGCGGCAGAGAGACUGAAGGCCCAGGAGCCCUGGAGGAUCACUGACAACGAGUUGGAGCUCUACAAGACCAAGACCAAACGUCAGAUCCGACUGAAUGAGCUUCUUAAGGAGCACUCCAGCACCGCCAAGCUCAUCGUCAUGAGCCUGCCGUUGGCCAGAAAGGGGACAGUGUCCAGUGCUCUUUACAUGUGCUGGUUGGAAACGCUGUCUAAAGACCUGCCUCCUCUGCUGCUGGUCAGAGGCAACCAUCAGAGUGUGCUGACCUUCUACUCCUAACACACACACACUAAAACACA